GUUUCAAAGAAUAGAUACUAUUUGAAGGCAAUAGUAACACAACGUCCAUUAUUUUGAGUCGGUAUCAAGGUCGUGACUCCUCGGCAUUAAUGAGGGUUCAAAUCCCCUUGUAGACAAAUUUUUUUAUGAAAAAUUCUGGGUAGGAGUCCAGAAUAGGCUAAAAAGCUACUCCGUAUAAAACAUUCUGGUACGUGACCUUGUGUAAUAAAAAAGAAAAUGAAAAAAAUAAUUAUGAGAGAAAAAGUAAAGAUGACUUGUUAUUAAAGGUCACCUUUUGGUGUUUAGACUCAAUUGAUGUUUUCGUAAAGUAGAUGAGUUUAUAUGAUGUGUUUUAUAGUAAAUGAUUUUAAGAGACUGAUCUGUAAUUGUACAAGGGUAUAUUUGAUCAUUUUUCCUUUUUUUUUUCUAUGGGUUCCCAGUGAACUAAACAAGUGUUGAAAGUUUCGUGGGAAUCUAAACAAGUGUUGAAAGUUUCGUGGGAAUCGUGGCGGUGUAUCAUGGUGAAGUAGCAUGGUAAGCACACAAAAAAUAGCCUGCAUUUAAUGCAUGUAUAUAUUUCUAUUUGAAUGGAUUCGUACAUAAAAGUUAAAAGGGUUUUUACAAUCCCCCAAACAUCCUGUUUUUUUUUUACUUUUGCAGCUCAGCUUACAAAAGGCAAUAAUCAGUCUUUUAAAGAUUCCAAUAGACCACUAAAGUUUGAAGAGUCAUGCUUGGAAUUGGCUUAUAAAAAGGUACUACGUAUAUCAGUUGAACAGGGUUCGUUCGGGUCCUCAAAUGUUAAUGCACUUAGUCUAUUGGUCCAGCCUUUUAUUAAAAGUGUACUAAUGCAGUUUUUUAUCCCUAAAUCUUCGAAGACAGUAAGACACAGAGCUAGCAGGGAGUGAUUUAGUGCACACAUUGAUACCACUUGUAAGUUUUAGUCACUCAAAAAUUUAAUGAAAGGAGGAAGGAAACCUAAGGUCCUAAACCGGAAUAAUCAACGUUACAGUUAUAGCAUGGAGCAAUUGUACUCAUAGAUUUGUUUUCUAGUAAUUUUAUUACUAAUUCUGAUUUAUAUGAUCUUUUGGGUUACAAAAUUUCAAGACUGGGAGAACAAGGGGAACAUGAAACCUUACCCAUCAUGAAACUUAAUGUGGCUGCAUGUGAAACACCUCACAAACUAAGAGUAUUAGAAAGUUAGUAACGGGGGUGUUAGAAAGUAAGGAUGGUAAGGGAUUGUUGAAUUUUCAUUAAUGUAGUAUGCAGGGACGGAUCCAGGAUUCUGAGUCAAGGGGGGCGAAAUUUUUCGUAAGUGUAAGGGGUGAAUUUUUUUCGUUAGUGUAGUGGGGUGAAAUUUUUUCCC